AUGUUCCAACCAGUGACUCAGAAACGGCUUACAAACGUGAGCGUUGUGCGCAUGCGCAAAGGAGGCAAGCGUUUCGAAAUCGCAUGCUACCCGAACAUGGUUAUGGCGUACCGUGAGGGGCACGUUCGCGAUCUCGACGAGGUGAUCCAGGUAGAGGACGUGUUUGAGAACGUGUCCAAGGGAAAACUAGCCGCAAACGCAGACCUCGAGCGCUGUUUUGGCACCAGGGAUCGGCACGCUGUGCUGCUCCAGAUUCUGCUCCACGGCGACUUGCAGGUGUCGGACCGCGAGCGCCAGUACCAGAGCACUCGAAAGCUUCAUGAAAUUGCGAGUGUUGUGGCGGCGAAAACCAUCAGUCGCGAGACCAAGAAACCGCUCCCUGUUGGGCUCAUUGAGAAAGCGCUUCGCGAGAUCCACUUUGCCGUGCAGCCGAAUCGACCAGCAAAAGCACAAGCGCUCGAAGUGAUACCGCUCUUACGAGCCCAGAGUGGUCUAGACCUCGAGCGCGCACGACUGCGUCUACGUAUUCACGUACCGAGUCAGCGGGAUGCCAAAGCGGUCAAGGCCCGGCUGGAGCCGUUGCAGCAAGGCGAAACUGACGGUACACACAGUUCCUCUCGUUCGGACUCGGUACGAAUGAAAGAUGGCAGCGCCGCAGUAGAGAGCGAGUCGGAAGAGUGGUUGCCUGGCGGUGCCCUUCUCUGGACGGUGCAGGCGGAUCCUGGGGCGUUUCGAGAGAUCGAGGAAAUCGUUCAGCGCGAAACAAAUCAACAAGGAAUCGUAGAAGUGGCCAGUUUGCGCGUCCUUGACGACGAAGAUGAGUCUAUCCUAUCUUGA